UGAAUUUUGAAAUUAUACUAGUUAGAUUUAAAAAAUAGUUUGAAUUUUAUUUAAAAAAACUAGUUGGAUUUAGAAAAUAGUAUUUAAUAAAAUAGGUUUAAAUAAAAAAAUAAAAUUUACAACAUUUCUUAUUAGUUACAUUACUAUUGUACUAAUAUUAACAUAUUUGUUAGAACUUAAUAUUUGUUACAUUUUUAAGAUGCAACAUGGUAGAGCUUUUGUAGAUAUGGGUAACCUCGGCUGGAACCGAACCAAGGAGAUUGCGAGGAAUCAUCCUAGUUCACAGAAAGGUAAAAGUAAAGGACACGCCGGGUCUUCUUCUCAAACCCGAGAUGAUUUUGAAACAGACUACCACCAAAGAGAUGUGGAUGCAAUGUCCGACGAGCAACUACGACAACUAUUGUCCCGAGGUGUUUUCCAACAACAUGACGUUCCCGAGAUUGAAGAUGAGCUCGAGGAUGACGAUGCGGAGGAGGAUCCCCCGACAGCUGAGGGCGAGGGUCACGACACACCGGACGAUGAGGAAGAGGCCGAGGAUGAGGACGAGGAUGGUUCGUCCCAACCUGGUAAGAAAGAUGUAUCACCAACUAUUGACGGCAAUUUUAAAAAGGUGAAAGACAAGAAAAACGAAAAAUGGUACACACAAUGCCAACAUUGCCCCAAAAUUUAUAGCUUGGGAAUUUCCGAAGGAUACAGCAGUUUGAAAAGGCAUCUUCAGUCAAAACACCCCGUGGUGUAAGUGAAAAUAGACCAAAGCAAGGGGAAGCAAACUCAAAUAACAAGGUUUAGAACUGGGCAACCCUUUGAUAAUUUCUCCUACAAUGAUCAAAGACAUUUGACUGAACGGGAUGACUUUGACGUUCUAAAGUGGUGGAAGGAAAAAGAAAGAAUGUUCCCGAUUUUAUCAAAGAUGGUUAAGCAAGUGCUAGCAAUGCUGGUAUCAACAGUUGCUGUGGAACAAGAAUUCAGUGCGGCCGGCAACGUGCUAACGGAUUAUAGAACGAGAUUGAGCGUGAACUCUCUUGAGACGCUUGUUUGUUUCCACGAUCGGUUGAAGGCAAAACGUAGAACUCAAGAAGUGUGCAUCGCCCCACCCGCCACUUUAUGGAAGAAACAAUCGAAGAUGGCGAAGAUUCCGAUCGAUUAUAUUUAUUAGAAAAUGUAUUUCAUGUUUUAAAUUUUUCUCAAUUCUCAAUUAUACUACAUAUUUCAAAUAAAUAUACUUUUUUUAUAACCAACAAUUCAUGAAUUAAUUUGAAAAAAAUUUACCCUUUUCGAACCGGCCCGGCUCAGUCUACACGGCCAGAACUGAUAGGUACCCGAGCUGGUUUCGGGCCUCACUUCUCCAAAAAAAGCCCGGUCGAAACCGGCCCGAGG